AUGAUUAUGAUUCUCUGGAAAACGAUAAAAAGUGCAGUUGUUGCUGCUUUUAACCGAUUCAACACGUGUUCGAGUGACGAUCAAGACCAAGUUGAAUACUGUCAAGCCGAAGAUGAUCAAUUUGAAUUUGUUCGACAACUCGGAGAAGGAGCGUUUGGAACAGUGGUUCUAGUCAAGAAUACGUUGAACCCAAACCUUGUCUACGCGAUGAAGGAAAUAUCGAAAAAGGCGAGUUGGGAUUAUGUGAAGAAUGAGUGGGCAAUUCAUUGUAAACUCACUAAACUAUCCCACAAUAAUAUUAUCGCUUACAUCAAAAUGAGGAAGACGCCAGAAUCGUACAAGAUGUUUAUGGAGUACGCUACCGUGGGUGAUUUAUGGGUCAAAAUUCCACAAGGAUCACCUCUACCACCAGUGGAAGCCCAGUCAUUUUUCAAAGAUCUGAUCAGUGGGCUCAAUUUCAUGCAUUCUCACGGUAUUGUGCAUAGAGAUAUCAAACCUGGAAAUCUUUUGAUAACCGUGAAAGAGUAUAGAGAAGUUCUGAAGAUAACUGACUUUGGAUGGUCGACCCAUUACUUGAAGAACAAAUCUGAGAUUCUUCUCACGGUUUGCGGCGGGAGUCAUCCCUACAUUGCACCAGAAUGUUUCAAUAAAGACCAUCGAGGGCCACCAAUUGAUAUCUGGGCGGCUGGAAUUGUUCUAAUCAAUAUGCUUACAAGUUACAGUCCGUGGUCAGCAGCAAAAAUGAAGAAUCGGCAAUAUAAACGUUGGUUGAAAAGGGAACGCGGCAUAUGGAAUUCACUUGAUGAGCUCACUAUUGGUUUUAUUAGGACCAUUGUGGAGAGUGAUUCUUGCAAACGAGCAACUAUUAGCGAAAUCGAAGCGAGUGACUGGUAUAAGCAAAAUUUUAAUACUCCAGCUAAAGCAGUGAUUAUGGUAGCUCCAAAGAAUCUCGUUUCUGCACAUCAUUAA